CAUAUGCUCAAAAGAAAUAAACAGAAAACUUAAAAGAUGGAGCCAAAAGAGAAGAAACAAAAGCUUGACACAUCAGAAGUCGCAAGUCCCUCUCUCUCAAAGACGCAUCUAAAGAAGAAGAAAACGAAGAAGCAAAAAAUCAGAAAAUCACAAGAAAUCACAAGUCCCUCUCUGUCAAAGAAUACAGAUUUGGUAAUCGCAAGUCCUUCUCUAUCAAAUAUUGAUGUGGGAGAAGCAAUGAAGAAGCAAAACGAUGUCGCUAUAUUCCUUACGGGGAUAGUAAUCUCUUCCGUAGCCAAAAACUCUAAUUUUGUCUUCUCUCCUGCAUCAAUCAACGCCGCACUCACCAUGGUUGCUGCUAGUUCCGGUGGUGAACAAGGUGAAGAACUAAGAUCCUUCAUCCUCUCCUUCCUCAAGUCAUCCUCAACUGAUGAACUUAACGCAAUUUUCCGCGAAAUCGCUUCCGUCGUUCUUGUUGACGGAAGCAAAAAAGGCGGCCCCAAAAUCGCGGUGGUUAAUGGAAUGUGGAUGGAUCAGUCGCUAUCUGUCAAUCCCUUGUCGAAAGAUCUCUUUAAGAAUUUCUUCAGUGCUGCUUUCGCUCAAGUUGAUUUCAGAUCCAAGUGUAACGUGCUAAACAAGUUAGGUUUAGCCGUCUCUCUUUUAGAGAGCAUAUUCCAUAUUAGUACACUUUUCGAUUUUAAAUUUGCUUUAAUUAGGAGUGCCGAAGAAGUGCGUACGGAGGUGAAUGCGUGGGCAUCAAGUCACACAAAUGGUCUCAUCAAAGAUCUUCUUCCUCGUGGAUCAGUUACAAGCCUAACCGACAGGGUUUAUGGAAGCGCAUUGUACUUCAAAGGAACCUGGGAGGAAAAAUACUCAAAGUCAAUGACGAAAUGCAAACCUUUUUACCUUCUCAAUGGAACAUCAGUGUCUGUGCCAUUCAUGAGUAGCUUUGAGAAACAAUACAUUGCGGCUUAUGAUGGUUUUAAGGUACUCAGACUUCCUUAUCGACAAGGCCGUGACAAUACCAACCGCAACUUUGCAAUGUAUAUCUAUCUCCCGGACAAGAAAGGUGAAUUGGAUGAUCUUUUGGAAAGAAUGACAUCUACUCCUGGAUUCUUGGAUAGUCACAAUCCAGAAAGAAGAGUUAAAGUUGGUAAAUUCAGAAUUCCAAAGUUUAAGAUCGAAUUCGGGUUUGAAGCUUCAAGUGCUUUCAGUGACUUUGAGCUUGAUGUGUCAUUUUACCAAAAAACUUUGAUUGAAAUCGAUGAAAAAGGUACCGAAGCUGUUACUUUUACUGCAUUUCGUUCUGCAUACCUUGGUUGCGCUUUGGUGAAGCCUAUUGAUUUUGUAGCAGAUCAUCCAUUUCUUUUCUUGAUUAGAGAAGAACAAACCGGAACUGUUUUGUUCGCUGGUCAAAUCUUCGAUCCUUCUGCUUAGGAUCGGCCUUAACCGGAUCAGAGUAUGGUAUUUAAAUUUUGAUUCUUUGUAGUUUUAGAUUGUUUUGAUUUGCUGAAUUAUAUUUGAUAAACAAGGAGAAAAACGUUAUAAACAAAAGUAGAACUCAAAAGUAGACCAAAAAAGAUACAUAGAGGUAACAAAAAGAGUCUAUAAAAACCCCUACAAUACAAAUAUACAAAGUCAUGUAGAAGAGUAAUAACUCUUGUUUAUUCUCUGACGUCCACAAUAUUAUAACCAAGAUGAAAUCACUCCUUCAUCUCAAUUCUCUUU